AUGAAGAAGUUGGAGCUUGUUUUCAUACCUAUACCUGGUUAUGGUCACCUAAAAUCAGCCAUAGAACUUGCAAAGUGUUUGGUCGAUCGAGAUGAAAGAUUAUCCAUCACAGUUCUUGUUAUCAGUAAUCCCGCUCAAACUGAUAUUGAUUGGUACACAAAAUCGCUUGCUGCUUCUAAUGCCCGAAUAAAAUACACCACAAUUCAUCCCACCGACCCUCUUCCUCAAGGACCUCAACCCUCUUCCUCUUCGCCUAUAUCCUUAGAAAAGCUUGCUACCCUCUUCAUCGAGAGCCAUAAAUCUCAAGUUGAACAAGCGGUCAAGGAGUUGGUAUCAGAUGAGUCCACACAUCUACUUGGAUUUGUCCUUGAUAUGUUCUGCAGUUGUAUGAUCGAUGUAGCCAACAAAUUCAACGUCCCUUCAUACAUCUUCUUUACAUCAAACACAGCUUUUCUUGGAUUCCUCCUCCACCUCCCGAUCCGCCACAACCAAGUCGGUUUCGGUUUUAACCCAUCGGAUCCUGACUCACUUAUCCCAAGUUACCAGAAUCAUGUUCCAGUAAAUGUGCUUCCUGGUGCUGUAUUUGACAAAACUGGUGGUGGGUAUGAAACUUCCCUUUAUCUUGGUACAAAGUUCCAGGAAUGCAAAGGAUUUAUAGUAAAUUCAUACGUUGAGCUCGAACCAUACGCUGUUAAUUCAAUGGUAGCCCAACCGUCUGUAUACCCGGUUGGACCUUUGCUUGACCAUAAUAUCUCAACUGGAUCGAUUGAGAUCAAAAACUGGCUCGACAAACAACCUUCGAAGUCGGUUCUCUUCCUGUGCUUCGGGAGUAUGGGGAGCUUUAAGCAGCCGCAGAUAGAGCAGAUCGCUAUUGCUCUCGAGAGGAGUGGCCACCGGUUCUUGUGGUCGAUUCGCCAGCCAUCACCAGCCAUGCAUGGAGCUCCAAGUGACUACACGAGCUAUGAAAAGGUUAUGCCGGAUGGGUUUUUCGGUAGAGUGAAAGAUAGAGGAAUGGUUUGUGGUUGGGCCCCACAAAUCCAAGUGCUUGCACAUGGAGCUGUUAGAGGCUUUGUCUCUCACUGUGGAUGGAACUCCAUCUUGGAGAGCCUGUGGUAUGGGGUCCCUAUUGCAACUUGGCCAUUGAAUUCAGAACAACAACUGAAUGCUUUUUUGGUUGCGAGGGAGUUGGGAUUGGCUGUGGAGUUGAGUUUGACAUACAGAAGCAGUGGGACCGAGUUGGUGAUGGCAGAUCAGAUAGAGCGAGCCAUAAAUUGCUUGAUGGACGACACGAACCCGGUGAGAGAGAGAGAGUGGAGACGAUAA